UGAUGUGCUCUCCCUCUUUCAGAUGGUUUCCCGUAGGAAAGUAGUAACAAGCACUGGCUGCAGAGAAUCGAACUUGCGCCGCUGCCUUUCCACCACGGAUUUAGUGGCUUUGGGUGUGGGCAGUACACUGGGGGCUGGGGUUUAUGUCCUAGCAGGAGAAGUAGCCAAGACCACCUCUGGCCCUAGUAUCAUCAUUUCCUUUUUUAUUGCUGCCCUAGUAUCCAUCUUGGCAGGAUUGUGUUAUGCUGAAUUUGGAGUGCGAGUGCCUCUGACUGGAUCAGCUUAUCUCUACAGUUACAUAACAGUUGGAGAGCUGUGGGCAUUCAUCACUGGGUGGAACCUGCUGCUUUCUUACAUCAUUGGUACUUCCAGUGUAGCCAGAGCCUGGAGUGCUACUUUUGAUCAGCUCUUAGGGAAACAAAUGGAAACCUUUUUCAGCAAGCAUAUGGCCAUGAGUUCUCCAGGACUGGCUGAACACCCUGAUAUCUUUGCUGUUUGUCUCAUUAUCAUCCUAGCAGGCCUCCUCUCCAUUGGGGUAAAAGAAUCCACCACAGUCAAUAAAAUAUUCACAGCUAUUAAUAUACUUGUUCUCCUAUUCAUAAUAAUCAGUGGAUUCAUCAAAGGAGACCUGAAAAACUGGAGAAUGAAUGAGACUGAUUUAAGAAAUACUACCAACAGAACUAGCAAUCAAUCUGUGGCUGUCAAUGGCACUUUGGAGUUUGGGGCUGGAGGGUUCAUGCCCUUUGGCUUCAGUGGAACCCUGGCUGGAGCUGCUACGUGCUUCUAUGGUUUUGUUGGGUUUGACUGCAUUGCCACUACAGGAGAAGAAGUGAAGAAUCCCCAAAAAUCUAUCCCAGUUGGAAUUGUCCUCUCUCUGCUCAUCUGCUUCCUGGCCUACUUUGGUGUUUCAGCUGCCUUGACCUUGAUGAUGCCCUAUCACCUUUUGGACAUGAUGAGUCCUUUGCCAACAGCUUUUGAAUACAUUGGAUGGAGCAUGGCCAAGUAUGCUGUAGCUGUGGGGUCACUCUGUGCUCUGACCACCAGCUUAUUGGGCUCUAUGUUCCCAAUGCCACGGAUUUUAUUUGCCAUGGCCAGAGAUGGACUCCUCUUCCAACCUUUGGCCAAAGUGAGCAGUCGACAAAGCCCUAUGGUUGCAACUCUUGUGUCUGGAGCAGUAGCAGCUGUGAUGGCUUUUCUUUUUGACUUGAAGGCCUUGAUUGACAUGAUGUCCAUUGGAACCCUGUUGGCCUACACUCUAGUAGCCAUCUGUAUUCUUCUCCUCAGAUACCAACCUGAUCCCAGUUCUCCAGACCUGUCAGAAAUGAAGAAUUCUGGCAAAAUUCUCUGGGCAGAACUCCUUCUUCAUCCUCCUAUGAUCCCAUCCCAGUAUUCCUCAAACCUAGUAUCCUAUACUUUAUUUAUAACCACUGUUCUAGUCUGCAUCGUGAGUGUGCUGGCCACAACAGGACUGUCAUGUUUGCUGUCUGGAAGUGCCUGGUGCAUUGCCUGUCUUUUCCUUCUCUUCCUGGCUAUUCUACUGGCCUCCUUAAUCAUCUGGAGGCAGCCUCAGAGCCCAAAGGAAGCAGAUUUCAUGGUUCCAUGCUUGCCCUUCCUGCCCAUCUUCGGUGUCCUUGUCAACAGCUACCUCAUGGCCCAGUUCAGUAGUGAUACCUGGCUUCGGUACACAGUGUGGAUGAUUAUUGGUUUCGUGAUUUACUUUGGCUAUGGGAUUCGCCACAGUACAGAGAGACACGGGAGUAAAGAUUCAUCCUCACAGAAGAUAAAGCAUGAAAUAAGUGACACAGAUGCAGCUGUCAUUUGGAAAAAGUAAUUCAGGAGAAGCCAUACUUGUAGCUGGAAGCAACUGAUUUUUUACCAGUUGAAGGACUUCCCAAUUAUGUGAUUCCAUUAUGCCUGUUUGUCCUUGUUUAAUAAGCUAAAACAGUGGUCCCAAACUGUGUUCUUUAAGAGAUUUUGGACUUCAACUCCCAGAAGCCUCAGCCAUGUUGGCCAGUAGUCUGGGAUUCUGGGAGCUCAAGUCCAAAAUCCCUUAAAAAGCACAGUUUGGGGACCACUGAGCUAAAGCAAAAGCAAUGCUUAGAUGACAGAUGUUUGAUCAGCUCACCAAUCUCAUAUCCCCUGGAUGAACUGGUGUUGUAUAGCAGCUACAAAUGAACUAUGAUACAGAACACUCAUGAGUUCAUUACGUUUCUUUAGCCAAAUAACUUUUUUUAAUGGCUUCAGAUUAUCCCCUGAAAUAUAGGGAUAAUAAGAUCUAACAGGAUUGUGGUGGUGAAUAAUAAAUUAUGCUUGAACUACUUUAAAAAAAAAAAAACUUCAAAUGCAUUAUAUACUUGCUAAAUAUUAACAUGUGAUAAUGACCACUGGCUUGAGUGACUUUUAAGGAGUGGACAGAUUCAUGGAAAAAUGCUCAAUCAUCAAUUCUGGUAGUUCAUAGAGGAAUUGUUACUGGUCGGAGCACUGGAAUAUGACUGGGGAGUCCUAGGUUGAAAUCCCCAUUCUGCCAUGAAAUUCUCACUGAACCACUUAUUAUUGCUCCAUCUAACCUACCUAAGCAAGAGAGCACCCUUGAUUAGUAGUGAUGAAGAAUGCAGAGUCAUUGCUACAAUCUGUCAUUGUGGCAUACCUGCUAAAAGACAUUACCAGAAUGAUGGUUUUUGUUGUGGUGGUGGUGAUUGUGUGUCUUCAAAUUGUUCCUGAUUUAUGGCAACCCUCAGAUAAACCUAUCAUGGGGUAUUGAAUGUCAAUUACUGGCAUGGUGGUAAAUUUUAGAUUACAGGUGCUUCUCAUGAAAGUACCCAUCGUUGAGCACAACAAGGAGAGUCCAUCAAUGCAGCCAGUUGUGUGGAUCCAUACUAAUAGACCUGUUUUAGUUUUCAGCCGCAGUGAGAGAAGGUCUUUUACAAAACCUUCUUCAUUGCCCACUCUAGACCAAGUAACCUCAGAAUACUUUAUAUUACAAUAGGGUUAGUUCACAACUUUGCAUAGUGGUAUUAAAGUGGUAUUAAACUGUUUUCUUGUGACUGCUCAGCUUUUGCUGUUUGCUGUUAUACAUUGGAAGGGCGUAGUAGUUAUACAUUCCUUUGGGUGUGAACAAUAAUAAAGCCAUGGAAAAGUUUGUUUGGUUGCUAUCUGUUAUAAUGAAUAACAUUCCCUAAUUUAGAGUUUUCUAUUUGUUAAAACAAAAGAAUAAUAAAAGAAGUUUUGCUAAUUGAUCCACAUUUACUGGUUGGUCCAAGUGAUUUACUGGUUACCUUAAAAACACUUCAACAACGGUGAUAUAACAUGCUAAUACCUACUAUCAAAUUAAAUCUGUUGCAAUGGGUCCUAUGGUAUAAGAAACCUUCA